AUGAUCUGGUUUUUAUUACUAGCGGUGGCGUGUGCUGCCUCGUAUCAUGAGGAACUCACUUUCCGCCCGCUUCCCAGAAAUACCCUUCUUGCAGACUUCCACUUUAACACGGUUCUGCCUGAGUUUCCUUUGGAAUACACCAAUCUGCUGGCUCCACAGGCCCUGCCACCGCGUCAUUUUGGAUACUUUCCUCGUCUACUUGCCCCUAUUGUCCAGGCAACCAACACGCGUGAGCUUCAUUUGCGUUUUACCCAAGGAUGGUGGGAUGCUGAUUCAUGGGGACUGUUACCUGAAAAUGGCGAGGUAAUUGGCGGUACUGGCGUGGAGGUUUGGGCUGCCGUGGAGGCACCUGAUGUGGAAGCAGCCCGUGCUUCGUGGUUCAAGCUCACGGAGCUGCUUUCGGGUGUUUUCUGUGCAUCGCUUAAUUUCGUGGAUGAUGCUGUCACCACGUUUCCCCAGCAUAAAACAGCGCUGGAGGCGCCAUUUGUGGCUUCUCCAGAGAACAACCUUUACUUGCUUCGUGCCGCUUUGCCAGAUGAGCCAAUUUGCACGGAGAACUUGACGCCGUUCUUGAAAUUGCUCCCUACAAGAGGAAAAGCAGGAAUUGCCUCGUUGCUUGACGGUCACAAGCUCUACGACUCCUUGUGGCACUCCAUGAGCGUGGACUUGGUGACCAAGUGCUCAGGCUCAGAGUGUCGUCUCGAGCUGGACCAGCACAUCCACCACAUUGCCGAUAUCACCCGUCUGAUUCGCCGUAGAAACGAGGGCGGUAUCCCCAAACCUGUUCCAGGUGACAAGUUGCGCUGUGACGAGACCAAGCACCACGACGCGUGGCACUGCUUUCCUCUUGGCGAGGAACCCCUGAUCGAAUGGGACAUUGAGGCGCUCUACGGAAGACAGAUCAAGGGUCCAGGCUUCGAGAACAAGAACGCCGCUACGAAGGUGAACUUUUUGAUCGACUCGGACCACUGGAAGGUGAAGCUGUUGAGAGAGGGCCAGCCAGACACCGACGUGACCGAAACGUUUGAAAUUGUCGAUGCUGUGCCUCACAACUUCCGUCUUUCUACCACAGACUUCAACAAGGUUUUGCCCAAGAAGGAGACUCCGUUGCUUGUGUCUCGCUCCCUAACGGGUUACUCUCAGGACCGUGGUGGAAUGCGUGUAACUUUGCACAACCCUAAGGAUGAAGACCUUUCCGUUGUCUACUUUGAGAGUCUCCCCUGGUUCAUGAGAAUCUACUUGCAUACGCUUCAGGUCAGCGGCAACGGUACCAUUGAAAACCGUUUCUUCAAGCCUGCCAUUGAUAGAUCUAGACCCACGCAUUUGGAGUUGGCGUUGAACAUCCCAGCAGGCCAGUCCUUGACGCUUACCUACCAGUUCGACAAGUCUUUAUUGCUCUUUUCUGAGUACCCACCAGAUGCCAACCAUGGUUUUGCCAUUGAGCCUGCGGUGAUCAAAAUCAUUGACAAGGCUACAGGCGAAACCCUGUACCAGCUCAGAUCUGCUUCCUUGCUUUUGACCCUUCCUACCCCAGACUUCUCGAUGCCCUACAAUGUCACCAUCUUGACAUGUACGGUGAUGUCGCUCGCAUUUGGAUGUGUUUUCAAUUUACUUGCUAAGAAAGUCGUUACUGAGGAGGAGUUUGAAGAAGUCGCCAAAUCUACUCCAUUGGGUAAGUUGAAAGCCAAGCUUGCAUACCUCAAGAGCAAGUUGAAGGGCACAAAGGCCUGA